GGCUGUGUGAGGCCGCACUGUCAUUGAGAUAUUAGCUGCCAGUGAUGACAUAAGUUAUUUUUACCCGGGGGGGGUACAUACAGUCACACACAGUACUAUAUAAACAAGCUGGUGUGGGAGAGUGGUACAGUAGCAGCAUUGCCUUCUCUCAUAAACUCACACACACCUCCUCCUCCUCUAACAUGCCCGCCUUCUCCUGCCUCCCCAGCGCUGCGCUCGGCGCUCACACCCACUUAGAGUCCAUGUGCACCCCGGAGAGGAUAGUGCCCGUCCGCCUCCUGCAGCGAAGCCCUAACGGGCAGCAGCGCUACAUCUCCGAAGCCACAAUGCACCUGUCUGCGCCCCAGGAGCAAGCCCUAGCCCCCGCCCAGCAGCCCCAGGAUAUCCAUGCAUGGCUCAGCGACAUGGUGCAGGAGACGAUCCCCAGGCCCGACACCAUCGCGGCUCCCAUAGAAGAUCAAUGCUACGAAAGUAACAGCAGCAGCAGCGGCGGCUUUUGGCACCCGGAAAGCCCGGAGACGACGGCCGCACAAUCGCAGGCCGGUAACAGGGAGCGGUUGGCCUUACACCUGGCCGAGCUGGAAAAGCAGGACAAGUACCUGCGGGAGGAGCAGCGCUAUCGCUUCCAUAUCAUCCCGGACGGAAACUGCCUGUACCGGGCCGUGUGCAAGGCGCUAUACGGGGAGCAAAGCCUACACGCCGAGCUGCGGGAGCGCACCGUGCACUACGUGGCCGAUCAUCUAGACAUUUUCAACCUCAUCAUCGAGGGCGACAUUGGAGAAUUCCUCAUCAACGCCGCCCAAGAUGGGGCCUGGGCGGGAUACCCGGAGCUCCUGGCCAUGAGUCACAUGCUGGAAGUGAAUAUCCGCCUGACCACCGGGGGCAGGCCCGAGUGCCCCACCGUCUCCACCAUGGUUCAUCGGAUCGGAGGCGAGGAUCCCAGCCGGCCUAGUAUCUGGCUAAGCUGGCUCAGCAACGGCCACUACGACGCAGUAUUCGAGCAGCCCCUGCCCAACCCAGAGUAUGAGCGGUGGUACCGGCAGAACCAAGCGCAAAGGCAGCGGGACGAGGAAUUGGCCAAGUCUAUGGCCGUUUCCCUCUCCAAAAUGUACAUCGAGCAAAACCCUUGUUCGUGAGGCAUCAGCAAAGCUGGCAAAGCAUGGCACCCUGGGGGCACCCAGGUAGGCUUCCCUGCAAAACUGGCACAUGUGGAAAGCGCAGCCAUGAUGGAUAAACACAGGAGACAGCGGUGCUGGGGCCUUGCACUCCGGGCCCGUUACAAGCAGCUGGGGCUUUGCGUUAGGCUCACAGUUCUAAAGGGACACACUUGGCACCCUUACACCAAAGGCCUCAAAUUGCCAGUGUCUGGAGCAGGAAAUAUCACAGGCACUACCAAUGGCCUCUCUGACUCUUUGGGUACCAGUCAGUGUUUCCUAAUACGUUCUGCAGUCCAUGCAACACAGGGUGUGCCAAGCCUUGUUCCAGCUGACUGCCAGUUGCCAGGCCCACUGUGUUGUGUAUAUACCUGGACUCUCACCAGUGGAAGUUUGCUGCACUUUAAACCUUCUCAUUUACCACUUGAUGCCUUAACUCAGGGAUGUCCUACCUUCACCCCCCCCCCAAUAACGAUUUCCAGCAUCUGUCAAGGCUUCUGGGAGUUGUAGUUUAGCUAAAGUUGCAGGGCCCCAGGUUGGAUGCCUCUGCCUUAACUAUUUUUUUGUAACAUCAUUUUAAUGGACAAAGACUUCCGCUUGCCAGUUAAUAAUAAAUGGACAUGUGGUAUUUAUAUCUAAGACAUUUUCAGUUGUUAUUUACAAACCUGUUUCUAUAUGAAGGGUUAACAUUUUGUGUUCAUUUGUUUUUGUUAUAGUGGAAAUGACUGGACUUUAGCUUUUUGGCUGGUGAGAUCCAAGUGUGUAGGAAACUUAUGGGCCACAUGACAAUGUUUGUUUACAUUUGUUUUUUUCUCCCCAUUGCGGUUCAGUAUUUAUUACUGUUGUUUAUACUUAAUGAUUUUGUAAGAAUGGCGAUUUCUAUCCUCUGCUGAUUAGUUACAUUCCCAGUUAGUACUGAGUUAAUAAAAAAAAAAAAAAAACAAUUUUUAAC